AUGGGAAGUGAAAAGUAUUCAAUAUUGUUGCCAACAUACAAUGAACGUGAAAAUCUUCCGAUAAUUGUCUGGCUUAUUGUUAAAUAUUUAGAAGAAAGCAAAAUUAACUUUGAAAUAAUCAUAAUCGACGAUGGAAGUCCAGAUAAUACACAAGAAGUUGCUAAGGAACUGAUUAAAAUUUAUGGAGAAGAUAAGAUCCUUUUAAGACCAAGAGCUGCAAAAUUGGGUCUUGGAACAGCUUAUAUUCAUGGACUAUCUCAUGCUACUGGCGAUUUCAUUAUUAUUAUGGAUGCAGAUUUGAGUCAUCAUCCGAAAUUCAUUCCUCAAUUCAUAGAACUACAGAAGAAACAUAAUUACGAUAUAGUGUCAGGAACAAGAUAUAAGGGUGAUGGAGGAGUUUAUGGAUGGGAUUUUAAGAGAAAGUUGAUAUCAAGAGGUGCGAAUUUCUUAUCACAAUUCCUUUUGCGUCCAAAAGCAAGCGAUUUAACUGGUUCAUUCAGGCUCUAUAAGAAAGAAGUUUUGUCACAAUUAAUUAAAGCUUGUGAAUCAAAAGGAUACGUUUUUCAAAUGGAAAUGAUUGUUCGUGCUAGAGCUAUGAAUUUCACAAUUGGAGAGGUUCCAAUCAGCUUUGUCGAUCGUCUUUAUGGACAGAGUAAAAUGGGAGCAACAGAAAUCAUCCAGUUUGCUAAAAACUUGCUAUACUUUUUUGCCACAAUUUAA